UCGUCUCGUCUCCACGGGGGAACGAAAUUCUUCUCGAGAGGAAGAGGAAGGAGUAUUUAACGAGGGAGAGAGAGGGAGAGGAAAAAUUCGAUGGAUCGGACAAUCAUCAAUAAUCACGAAGCGGACGUGACGAUUCGGAUUUUCGACGAAAUAUUACGCGAUGCCGGUCGAAGGAAUUCGAUUGCACGCGGGGGAGCGUAUCGGUCGGCACAUCAACGGGGGAAAAAAAUUUGCAUCGGGCCUUCGAGGAUGAUGUGGACGUCUGGAUGGUCAUUGGCAGACCAAACGUGAUGAAAUUACUAAUUCCACGUCUACCGAGAAUUGGCCAUUCAUACAAUAUUCAAGAUCCUCUCCGCGCGGCUUCCCUAUAUAACACCCUUCUACGGGACGGAUCACCAGUCUUCGUUCAGGAUCUUCGUUUACACGCAACGAAAAAACACUUCGUCUAAUUCGAUACACAAUCCUCCGAGACGAAAUCAUGAUCCGGCAAACUUGUCUAAUCCUGCCCCUCGCCCUCCUCCUCUCCAUCGUUUGGACUUUUCCUCAACAGCCCAAGUCGAGGAGGCCGAUCCCCCAGUUCAAGAACAAGACCGGGGGCUUGGAACUUCCCGACAACGCCACGUUGAUCCGGGAGAAUAUCGUUGACAAUUUCUCCUGUCAGGACAGAAUUUACGGAUACUACGCCGACAUGGAGAACGAUUGUCAAAUUUUCCACGUUUGCAUGCCGCAGAUCAGGGGCUCGACCAGAUGGAGCUUCAUCUGCCCCGCGGAGACGGUAUUCAAUCAAGCGACGUUCGUUUGCACGAAAACGGAAAACUCCAUACCGUGCGAGGAAUCUGAGAAAUUCUACAACUUGAACGAGGCGAUCGGCAAGGAGGUAGAGGAAGAGGAAAACGACACGGAGGAUCGGAAAGAAUCGGACGCGGAACCGAUUUCGAGCAGACCUCCAGCCUCCAGGACAUCGAGGAUCUCGAAUCCGAAGAAAAUAUCACGGGAUCAGUGAUCUCUUGCGAUCGCUAAGAAAUGCGGCUGUGUGUAUGCGUGUGCGUGUGUGUUUGUGGAAGAGAAACUUGUGAAGAACUUUUGAAAGAAAAAGAAAAAAAAAAAACAAGAUUGAUUACGCUUGCUCGACGAAAAGCAAAGAAUAAGUUUGCUUAGUAUUUAAAUAUUGAUAUUUAAAUAUAGAAUAAAAGUUGUAUCGAGAUGUACAUUUGAAAGUGUUAAAAAUAUAUAUAUUUGUAGAUUGGCGAAAGCGCACAGUUGGAGAGAAUAAAGGGAUUGUUGUAGUCUCUGCAACAAAUUUUAUUGCAUAUACAA